UGUUGUUAUGUCAUUGUACUCGAUGUGAUAAAUACUUUUAAUGAUAAUAUUUAUAUAAAUAAUGUGUUAAAAAGGAUAAGCAGAAAUUUUUAAACUUAUCAAUAUGCCAUUAAAUUUACGAUGCUAUAACGAUUUAACUUCAAAACGAUUUAAUACAGAAGGCAUUUCUACAAUAACAUCCGAGGAACAAGAAAAAGUUGAGCGUGCUGUUGAGAAAAUAUUUAGUUUAGGAAGAAAAAGAGCUUUAGUUGUUCAUCAAGCUCCACGAUUGUUACGAUGGGAACAUGGAAAUUAUUUACGAAAUAGUUUAGGAUAUUUACCAGCAAGUUAUGAAUGUUUGGAUGCAAGUAGAGCAUGGUUAUGUUAUUGGAUCUUACACAGUUUAUCAUUGUUAAAUGUUAAUGUUGAUCCAGAGACAAAGUCAGCUGUAGCAAAAUUUUUAGGGAAAUGCCAGAAUCCAGAUGGUGGUUUUGCUGGUGGUCCUGGUCAAAUUUCACAUUUAGCAUCAACUUAUGCAGCUGUCCAAUCUCUGUGUAUUAUUGGCACGGAAGAAGCUUACAAUGUUAUUAAUAGAGAAUCGUUAUUAAAGUUUUUAUGGAAAGUCCGUUCGCCAGAUGGUGCCUUUAGUAUGCACGAAGGAGGUGAAGUUGAUAUCCGUGGAGUAUAUUGUGCAUUAGUUGUGGCAACUCUAACGAAUAUAUGUUCAGAGAAAUUGUUUGAUGGCACGCCUGAAUGGGUUGUUAGUUGUCAAACAUACGAAGGUGGAUUUUCUGGCAGUCCAGGAAUGGAAGCACACGGUGGAUACACAUUUUGUGGAUUGGCAGCUCUUGAAUUAUUCAAAAAGUCACAUCUUUGCGAUUUAAAAUCACUACUUAGAUGGACUGCAUUUCGUCAGAUGCGAUUGGAAGGAGGAUUUCAAGGCCGGACUAAUAAAUUAGUAGAUAAUUGUUAUUCAUUUUGGCAAGGAAGUAUAUUCCUUAUCAUGGAUGCAAUAUUAUCACGAGAAAAUCCGGAUCAUAAAUCAGAAUUAUUAAUGAAUCAAGAAGCUCUACAAGAAUAUAUUCUUAUUUGCUGUCAACAUUCUAGUGGUGGUUUAUUUGAUAAGCCAGGUAAACCUCGUGAUGUUUAUCACACUUGUUAUGGUCUUAGUGGUCUUUCUGUGUCACAAUAUCCUAUUGCAAGUAAACCUGAUGAAACAUUUACGAUUGGUUCAAAUAAUGGAAAUGGCUCUUCAAUAUCUUCAAGUGAAAUUUUACCAACAAAUCCUUAUUUUAAUAUGAUUCAUGAUGUUACACGGAAUGCAAUCACGUAUUUUGCUACGAAACCAUUGAUAAAAAUCCUAGAAAAUGAAGAUUCAUCUUUACCAUCCAGCAGAUCAUCAUCUUUAAGUUCUGAUGAAAAUACUAGUAGCAAUAAUCGAUCCAAAAAUUGUGAAUUACAUUGAAAAAAAAAAUCAAUUAUUCUAUUUGAUCAGCCAUUCGAGCCAGAAAUAAUAUACAAUUUCUAUGAAGAAAUUUAGAUACUAAGAUAUUAUUGCAUGAUUUAUACAGCCAUAAAAUUAAGUCUUCUAACACAGCAGAAACAGAUGGCAUUUGUUUUAAUUUUCGUUCCCUGAAAUUGAAGUCUAUUUUAACCUUUAAUUGUGAAAUUUUAAAAGUUUUUUGGACACUUAAUUUGUAGUUUGGACACUUACGUAUUAUUAUGUACAAAAAUAAAAAUUCAAGGAUCAAGUAAACUCGUGUUAUAAAAUUUUCCCGCCAAAAGAACGCAUUUUUUAUUUGAGCCUAGACUGGUCGUUUAUAAUUUAUGAUGGAACUCCAUUGCGAGCAAAGACAGUUAAUAUAACUUCGGAGGCUGAAAUAACUUAACACCCAAAUUAAAUUACAACGAAAAGGCACUUACACUUCUGUAAGGUUUCAAGGAAAAAUAACUGAUACCUAUCCCUUUCCACCUGCUAGUAAUUUCCUUAUGUUUUAGCAAAAUUAAAACUUACCUGUUUUGGACGACAUUAGGCAACCUUUGGAACAUAACGUACAACUACUAGCCAUAGCAUUUUUGUCUUGCUCAUAAUUUUUCGAUUUUUAAAUUUUUCCUAUAUUUCAAUAAUUUUCUAUAAACCAUUCGAUAUUAGGGAAUGGAAAUUAAAGAAUUAACUUUUUUCUUGAUAUUCUCUUAUGAUUUCUUUUCUGUUAAAUUAGGAAACUUAAUUUAAAAUACAUUAGAAAAUGCAAUAAUAUCUCAGUAAACUUACUGUACAAAGUCUGAGAAAUCUUUCUAAUAAUUACAGAAGAAGGCUCAUUAUCUAAACAAAAAAUCUUAAUGAUGUGAUGCGAAAAAUACUUACGAUGCAACGGAUGUUAAAAAAAUAAGUAGAUUUUAUAAAAUACCAAUCAUUUGUGAAAAUUUUGUUAUAAGUUUUAUUAUUAUUUAUAACGAUAAUAAAGAAAUGUGAAAUGUU